GCCCCCGGAGGGGCGGUGCUGCUGCGGCCCGGCCGCGCUCCGGAAACGGCGUGGGGAACGCGCGGAGCGGCGGCCGCGGRCUAUUACAGAAUGACCUUGCAUUGAGCCUUUGUGGAAGAAGCAAGAUUUAAACAUCGGUUCUUCAAUGUGCAUCCUUCUAUUCAAAUUUGACCCCCGACCAGUUUCAAAAAAUGCAUACAGGCUUAUUCUAGCAGCUAAUAGGGAUGAAUUUUACCACAGACCGUCCAAAUCAGCCGACUUUUGGGACAGCAGCAAUGAGAUCCUUAGUGGUCUGGAUAUGGAGGAAGGAAAAGAAGGUGGGACAUGGCUGGGAAUCAGUAAGAAAGGCAAGAUGGCAGCYCUGACAAAUUAUAUGCAGCCAAAGAUUGAUAAAAAUGCAAAAGGAAGAGGUGCUCUUGUAACAAACUUCYUGACUGCAGAUCUGGACAGCUACUCUUACUUGAAGAAAGUUUCAGUAGAGGGACAUCUUUACAAUGGAUUUAAUUUAUUAGCAGCUGACUUGAAUACCACCAAAGGGGAUGUAAUUUGCUACUAUGGAAACAAAGGAGARCCAGAACCUGUCUUCCUAAAUGCUGGAAUAUAUGGAUUGAGUAAUUCUUUGUUGGAUACACCAUGGAAGAAGCUUCAAUAUGGGAAGCAGCUCUUCACAGAAGUGGUCAAGAGAAGUCAAGACCUUACCAAAGAAGACUUGGUGAAGGAGCUUCUUACAGUGAUGAAUAAUCAAGAACCUCAAUUACCAGACCCUGCAAUUGAAGACCAAGGGAAGGACUAUAUUCGUCCUAUAUUGAACAAGUAUGCAGCUUUAUGUGUUCGUUGCCCAGAUUAUGGAACAAGGACGAACACGGUCGUUCUCAUCGAUUCCGAGGGCCACGUUACUUUCACCGAGCGCAACAUGAUCAAUGCUGAUGUCAACCAGUGGAAAACAAGCACCUAUGAAUUCAAACUGCACAGUUAACAACUUUCCACAUGAAUGGUUUGUAAUAAUAGCAAUGAAAGAACAAGCCAUUAAGCUCUAGUAAAUGUUUUGUGCCAGCCUCCACAAGCUAAAAAUAGCAAGGAAAGCAAAAGUUUAAAUAAACUGGUAGCAUACCCUGUGAAGCUCACAAAUGCUUAGGAGAAAACCAGAUGAACAUGGUGUUUUUACAUUAAGUAGCAACUUAUAAUCAGAAAUAUUUUAUUUAAUAUCACCCUGCAUUCAGGGCAAGGCCAUCUUUGUCCAAGACAAAGUCAUUGCUUUUUUGUGGGUGUAGAUUUUUUAAAAGAUGUUUUAAGUAAACUUAAACUUGUUUUCAGUUCUAAUGGUGGGAARCAUUUGCUGCUUUUAUUGUUCUAUAUGAAGGUUUUACCAAACUUUGCUUUUCCUUCAACAUAUGCUGUUAAGAUUGUACAGCUGAUGCCAACRUGCAUUAAGUGAAUGUAUGUUAUCCUGGUAGUAUUAAGUGCUUUAGCCUCAUUUAAGCUUUUCAGUGCCAUGGUGCAAUGUUCUGCCUGGUGAGAGCAGACCAGGGGGGAUUCUUUACAUUUGUUUUUCUAUAGUAGUACAGCAAUAUAUCUUAUUUCUAAAACUUGAUCUGAGAAUCAAGGUAGGAAAUUUAGUUCAGACUGUUCACUUUUGCUGAAAGAACCUUGRGAGCARACUUGCUYAUCUUUCACCCAAAUAAAACYAUUUGUGCUGUGACAUCCUGUUUCCUGAUAGUCUAAUUAGCAAUAUUGGUUUUGUUAUUUCUUCCCCAGCAAGCAGGUAAGGAAUAGGUACCUGCUUGMAAAGAGAAGUUGAAGAUGUGGGUUUUAUGUAUUGUCUGUUUUGUACAUACAAAUUUUGGAUUCCUUUAUUGCUGUAAUAUGCUAGAGCCUGGAGUGACUGCUCAUAGAUUUUAGUAAAAAUAGCAGUGUGUUGUAUGGUGACACUGUUGCAGUCUUACUGAAAAUGUUUAAGGUGUGUAAGGGUAUUAAGAUGUACUUCCUAUGUUCUAAMACUGGGAAUUAAAAAGCUAUUUAAAUGCAUGCUUUUUUCAAUUAUUCAGUGCCAGUGUAGGUGAUAGAAAUUUCUAGCUAAUAUCAGGAUAUUUGAAAACCCUAAGCUAUUUUUGCUUCUAUUGGUGUUCUGACUUAUUUUGAAUACUGACUAUUAGGUUAAUAGUGGAUCACCACUAAUUUUUUUUCAUUUAGGUAUGCUGGCUGUAUAGUUAUGCUGGCUUUUCACAAGCCUCUGAUUUUAAUUAAUUAUUGCAAARUAGCAGGAUUUUUGAUACUCUUUUGAAGAUGUGCAGCUGUGUUUCUGUACUCAAGCUUGUGUGUUUUGGGUAUUCUCUCACGUGUGUGUUUGUGUGUGUGUGUGUGUGUGUAACGGAGGCAGGAGUAAAUGAGAUUUUCUAUUGAGGUGAAGUACAGUGAAAGGCCAUUCYCAGAUUUGUAAUUGUCAGGAGAGGCUGAAGCAGCAUUUAGUCAAAUCUCUUCUUUAUAUUUGCAUAUUUAAAUGGUUUCUAGAUACCAGGACUGUUUGCAUGACUAGUCACAGGUGGUAGAUUCAGUUCUAUAUAAAUGACUUUUUGAACGCCUUGAUUGYRAGACAGU